GUCAACAGCACUCAUCGGCAAUUGCCAAUCUAUGUAAAUGGUGUUGUAUUCUUCUGCCACUUAAUUAUAGUUUGGAUUACAUGUCAAACAUCACUUGUUGAAAAUGGCGAGAUUUUGGGAAAGUUUCAUCUUUAUUGCGACUUUUACUUUUGCAUUCCACAAUGGAGUCACCAACGCAGUCACGCAUACCGUCGCCACAACUUCACAAUUCCAAGCAGCCCUCAGAGCCGUGUUACCGGGCGAUGUAAUAAUUUUGCAGGACAAUACCGAGUUUAAUGGCUUCUUCCGGGCAGAGGUUAGUGGUACAGCGCAGGACAGAAUCGUGAUUCAGGGAACUUCCACUUCCGUUUUGACCGGAUGGUCAAGUGCGUUUAAUUUAGAAGCUUCGUAUUAUACGUUGAGAGGAUUUACCAUUGCCAAUGCAAAGAAAGGUAUUUUAAUCGAUGGUGGAAACUUCAACGUGCUCGAAGAUUUGACUAUUCACACGAUUGACGAAGAGGGAGUGCAUUUCAGAUUUUUCAGCAGUGACAACAUUGUACAAAAUUGUGAAAUUUAUGAUACUGGAAUCACACGACCAGGUUAUGGCGAAGGAGUAUACAUUGGUCAAGACUACAGCAAGUGGGCCAGCCCCAACGAACCGGACAAGUGUGAUAGGAACAUCGUCAGAAACAACAGGAUUGGUCCUUGUGGAGGUGAAAAUAUUGACAUCAAGGAAGGCUCCUGUUGUGGACUGAUUGAAGGGAAUACUUUCGAUGGGAGGGGAAUGUCAUUCGUCAACUCGGACGAUAGCUGGAUUGACGUCAAGGGCAGUGAUUACUUGAUUCAGAACAAUACAGGAGUUUACUCGAUCAAGGAUGGGAUUCAGGUCAGGACACAUAUGCCACCGGGUGGGGUGAGCGGAUGUAGGAAUAUAUUUAGGAAUAACCUCUUCAACCUUAUCGGGAAUACUGGAGGGGUGGGGAUUUAUUUGAACAGUCAAGUACAAUGUGAUAAUUCGUCGCAAAUUUAUGCUGAUAAUCGUGUCACGACUGGCGAACCCUUAACAAAUGGAUGGGUAAUCCCUGUUUGAAAAUAAUUAGAAAACUUAACUCCAAACUUAUACGUGUACAACUACUAUGAAUAAAUUGUCUGAAAUGUGAAAGACAAAGUUUACAUGCGA